UCCAGUUAACUUAAGAAAAUUAAUGAGUUCUCAGCCAUGCAGUUACCCCUGCAUUAAUCAAGCUAUUAAUAAGGGACUCUGCACCAAAGUCACAUCCGGGCAAAUGCACUUUGUUGUGAUCUCGUCAGAUAACAAUGUUACACAGCUGUUGUCACGGCAAAGAGCACAAAUCUGGAUUUGACAGAGCUUGGAGCUGAUAUGUAAACUCAGUCUUAAUCAAAAUUACAAACUAACCAUACGACAAACAACCGACAACUGGUUCGUGAGGGGCGAUCGUUGUAAACAAGUCUUGCCGUUUAUUGCAAGUCCUUAGAGGAGGACAUCAUGAGCGCAAACGACGACCAAGGAAUUCUGCGCUCGGCCACCAACGCAUCCUUAGAAUUCAGCGGAGAGUGGUUGAUGUGCACGAAUGCCACAAACUCAAGUCCAACACCGCCUGCUAUCACACUGGCACCGAUAUCCGUGGUCGUGAUUUCUGUCAUGCUCGAAGUUCUCAUGAUCCCUCUCAUACUCCUCGGAAACGGAGCUGUUGUGCUCCUUGUUCUGAAGAACGAGGCACUCCGAACCAUCACAAACGCGUUCAUGGUGAGCCUGGCCAUGGCAGAUACCAUCCAGGGGUUGACAUUGGUUCUUGUUAUUGUGGGAACACUGAACCCAGUGGCCUUUAACGAUCAAUACAUCAUGUGCCUGACGCUAUGGUGUACCCUGCUACUUGCCUCAGGUUGCAGCUGCUUGUCACUUUUCUCCGUCACAGUGGACCGGUAUGUAAAAGUCAUGCAUCCCCUAACUUAUCAACAAAUUAUCAACAAAACCGUGGCUGCAACGGCCACAGCGAUUGUGUGGAUAUACACCUUCCUUCUGGCGUUUGUUCUCCCGUUUUCAGGACUCAACCAAAUCAAAGACACGCCUGACUUCUCCUGUCUGGACUUCACCAGCGUCUUUAACCCGGUUCACAUUCAGAUAGUUGUCGUCACAAAUGGCAUUCUCCCAUUCAUCCUGAUGUGCUUGAUGUAUUUUAGACUUCUAAUGGUGGUGUUGGAGAAACUUAAGGCAGAAUGCGGAAGGAAUGGCGGGACGAUGAUGGCGGGGCGUUGGUUGUUUAUGAAACGCGAGCUUCACUCGGUGAAAACGUUCGUGAUUCUGUUAGGAUUCACUGGUCUGGCGUGGCUACCAUUUACCACAAUCGUGUUGCUCGAGGUUCACACGAGUUACCGAGCUAGUCUCACGCUCAGAUGCGUUUUCAGUUGGUUAACCUUCUUGAACAGUGCAGUGAACCCAGUCGUCUACACCAUACGUAGCGAACCGUUUAGAAGAGCAGCGAGCAAGACUUGCGCCUACAGACUCGUCAGACGAUGCUGCAGUGUUUGCAAGAGGAAGCCUAAAAUUACCCCACUGAACACGUCUAGGUUACUGAUAACAGUUCAGAAAAGUGUGGCAAAUGGACCACCUGUUUGACUCACCAAAGCUUAGUGUAAACCCUCAAAUGGUGCCGUUGGGAGACUUUUCCAAUGACUGCGUACUAAGGUGUGAUACUGACGAACUAGAACACCUGAAAGGUAAACCCUAUUUAAACUAAUUUGUAUACCAAACAGGCACCCAACAACAGACACCCUACAACAGGCA